AUGGACUCAGAGGAUGACCCAUUGUUGCAGGAUGUGUGGCUCGAGGAGGAGCAGGAAGACGAGGAAGCAACAGGCGAGGCUUUUCGGAGAGCCCAGAAGCCGGGCCCCCAUGCCGGGGCGGCGGGGCAGUGUUGCUGGCGCGGCUGGACCUUGCCCUCCCGGCCGCCAGCCUCCGGCUUCUGGAGCACCCUGGGCUGGGCCUUCACCAACCCGUGCUGCGCGGGGCUGGUGCUCUUCCUGGGCUGCAGCAUCCCCAUGGCCCUGUCGGCCUUCAUGUUCCUCUACUACCCGCCGCUGGACAUCGACAUCUCCUACAACGCCUUUGAGAUCCGAAACCACGAGGCUUCCCAGCGUUUCGACGCUCUGGCUCUGGCUCUGAAGUCCCAGUUUGGUUCGUGGGGGCGGAACCGGCGCGACCUGGCGGACUUCACCUCCGAGACGCUCCAGCGCCUCAUCUCAGAGCAGCUGCAGCAGCUGCACCUCGGCAACCGCUCGCAGAGGGUGGCCAGGGCCCCGCGCGCUGUCCCCGCCGUCCCAGGAAGCGGCCCAGGUCCCGGCCGGGACACCGCCACCGCCCGGAAGCCAGCAGCCAAUCAGAGCGGACGUCUUCAAGACGCAUCGACGCUGACAGGUGUGGCAGCCAACCAGAGCGAAGCCCCGGUGAACCAGGGGCGGGACAAGAGUGGGCGGGGCCGGCUGGGUACCCCGCCCACGCUGGCCAAUCAGAGCCGCGCCCGCCGGGGCGCCUCGCGGUGGGACUAUUCUCGCUCCUACGUGAGCGCCAACACCCAGACGCACGCGCACUGGCGCAUCGAGCUCAUCUUCCUGGCCCGGGGCGACGCGGAGCGCAACAUCUUCACCAGCGAGCGCCUGGUCACGAUCCACGAGAUCGAGCGCAAAAUCAUGGACCACCCGGGCUUCAGGGAGUUCUGCUGGAAGCCCCACGAAGUGCUCAAGGACCUGCCGCUCGGCUCCUACUCCUACUGCUCCCCGCCCAGCUCGCUCAUGACCUACUUCUUCCCCACGGAGCGGGGCGGGAAGAUCUACUACGAUGGCAUGGGCCAGGACCUGGCGGACAUCCGGGGUUCCCUAGAGCUGGCCAUGACUCACCCUGAGUUCUACUGGUAUGUGGACGAGGGCCUGUCUGCGGAAAACCUCAAGAGCUCCCUCCUGCGCAGUGAGAUCCUGUUCGGAGCACCCCUGCCCAACUACUACUCUGUGGAUGAUCGUUGGGAGGAGCAGCGGGCCAAGUUCCAGAGCUUCGUGGUCACCUACGUGGCCAUGCUGGCCAAGCAGUCUACUAGCAAAGUCCAGGUCCUUUAUGGGGGGACAGACCUCUUUGAUUAUGAGGUGCGCAGGACCUUCAACAACGACAUGCUCCUGGCCUUCAUCAGCAGCAGCUGCAUCGCCGCCCUUGUUUACAUCCUCACCUCCUGCUCAGUGUUCCUGUCCUUCUUCGGGAUCGCCAGCAUUGGCCUCAGCUGUCUGGUGGCACUCUUCCUGUACCACGUGGUCUUCGGUGUUCAGUACUUGGGCAUCCUCAACGGCGUGGCUGCCUUCGUGAUAGUGGGCAUUGGGGUGGACGAUGUCUUUGUGUUCAUCAACACCUACCGCCAGGCCACCCACCUGGAGGACCCGCAGCUUCGGAUGAUCCAUACCAUCCAGACGGCGGGCAAGGCCACCUUCUUCACCUCCCUGACCACGGCCGCUGCCUACGCAGCCAACGUCUUCUCCCAGAUCCCAGCUGUCCAUGAUUUCGGCCUGUUCAUGUCCCUCAUUGUGUCCUGCUGCUGGCUGGCUGUGCUCUUCACCAUGCCUGCUGCCCUGGGCAUUUGGAGUCUUUACAUGGCACCACUGGAGGGCGCUUGCCAGACCAGCUGCCACCAGAAGUGUGGCCGCAAGAGCUCCCUGCACUUCCCCGGGGACGUGUUUGCCACUGCGGAGCGGGCGGGGGGCGGCCCCGCCCAGGGCCCCCUGCCCUACCUGGACGAUGACAUCCCCUUGCUGAACGUGGAGGAGGAGCCAGUGUCUCUGGAGCUGGGGGACGUGUCUUUGGUGUCUGUGCCCCCCACGGGCCUGCAGCCCUCCCCUGACAGGGGCAGCCGCGGGCAGCUCAUCGCUCAGCUGCAGGAGCUGCUGCACCACUGGGUCCUGUGGUCAGCCGUCAAGAGCCGCUGGGUGAUUGUGGGCCUCUUUGUCUCCAUCCUCAUCCUGUCCCUGGUGUUUGCCAGCCGGCUCCGCCCUGCCAGCCGGGCCCCCCUGCUCUUCCGGCCCGACACCAACAUCCAGGUGCUGCUGGACCUCAAGUACAACCUGAGCGCUGAGGGCAUCUCCUGUAUCACCUGCUCAGGUCUGUUCCAGGAGAAGCCGCACAGCCUGCAGAACAACAUCCGCACGUCCCUGGAGAAGAGGAAGCGGGGCUCCGGGGUCCUGUGGGCCGGCCGGCCGGAGGUCACCCCGCAGGACGCCCCAGGCACCGUGUAUGUGUCCAAGGUGAAGAGUCAAGGCCGCCCGGCUGUCUACAGGUUCUCCCUCAACGCCAGCCUGCCUGCCCCCUGGCAGGUCGUGUCCCCUGGGGACGGGGAGGUGCCCUCCUUCCAGGUGUAUAGAGCGCCUUUUGGUAACUUCACCAGGAAGCUGACCGCUUGUAUGUCUACAGUAGGGCAGCUCCAGGCGGCGAGCCCCUCCCGCAGGUGGAUGGUGACGACCUUGGCCUGCGACGCCAAGCGGGGCUGGAAGUUCGACUUCAGCUUCUACGUGGCCUCCAAGGAGCAGCAGCACACCCGGAAGCUGUACUUCGCCCAGUACCACAGGCCGCCUUUCCACGGGCGCGUGUGCGCGACCCCUCCCGGCUGCCUGCUCAGCUCCAGCCCUGACGGGCCCACCAAAGGCUUCUUCUAUGUGCCCAGUGAGAAAGGGCCCAGGGCCCGCCUCUCGGCCACCUUCGGCUUCAACCCCUGCGUGAACACGGGCUGCGGGAAGCCGGCGGCGCGGCCGCUGGUGGACACGGGCGCCAUGGUCUUCGUGGUCUUCGGCAUCCUUGGCAUCAACCGCACUCGACAGGUGGACAACCACGUCAUCGGAGACCCGGGCAGCGUCGUCUAUGACAGCGGCUUUGACCUCUUCAAAGAAAUUGGGCACCUGUGUCGCCUCUGCAAGGCCAUCGCGGGGAACCUGGAGCUGGUGAAGCCGGGCGGGGCCCAGUGCCUGCCCUCAGGCUACAGCAUCUCCGCCUUCCUGCAGAUGCUGCACCCCGAGUGCAAGGAGCUGCCCGAGCCCAACCUGCUGCCGGGGCAGCUGUCGCACGGCGCCGUGGGCGUCAAGGAGGGGCGCGUGCAGUGGAUCUCCAUGGCCUUCGAGUCGACCACGUACAAGGGCAAGUCCUCCUUCCAGACCUACUCGGACUACCUGCGCUGGGAGAGCUUCCUGCAGCAGCAGCUGCACACCUUCCCCGAGGGCUCGGCCCUGCGCCGCGGCUUCCAGACCUGCGAGCACUGGAAGCAGAUCUUCAUGGAGAUCAUAGGGGUGCAGAGUGCCCUGUACGGCCUGGCCCUCUCCUUGCUCAUCUGUGUGGCCGCGGUGGCCGUGUUCACCACCCACGUGCUGCUCCUGCUGCCGGUGCUCCUGAGCAUCCUGGGCAUCGUCUGCCUUGUGGUGACCAUCAUGUACUGGAGCGGCUGGGAGAUGGGCGCCGUGGAGGCCAUCUCGCUGUCCAUCCUCGUCGGCUCCUCCGUGGACUACUGCGUCCACCUGGUCGAGGGCUACCUGCUGGCCGGAGAGAACCUGCCGCCCCACCAGGCCGAGGACGCCCACUCGCAGCGCCAGUGGCGGACGCUGGAGGCCGUGCGGCACGUGGGCGUGGCCAUCGUGUCCAGUGCCCUCACCACAGUCAUCGCCACGGUGCCCCUCUUCUUCUGCAUCAUCGCCCCGUUCGCCAAGUUCGGCAAGAUCGUCGCGCUCAACACGGGCGUGUCCAUCCUCUACACGCUCACGGUCAGCACGGCCCUGCUGGGCAUCAUGGCGCCCGGCUCCUUCACCCGGACCAGGACUUCCUUCCUCAAGGCCCUGGGCGCCGUGCUGCUGGCGGGGGCGCUGGGGCUGAGCGCCUGCCUCCUGCUCCUGUGGAGCGGCUACAAGAUCCCCCUGCCCAACGGGACCUCCCUCUAG